ACGAUGUCGACGGAGUCCGGCGCAGGGGCGACGAGGCCCCCACAGACAGAACCCUCUCAGAGCGCAACGAACCUCUUCGAGCUGCACCUCAAGGUGCUCACAGAAUCAUACCUCGCGUUCUUCCAGGAAAGGAAACGAAUAGAGGAACAAUACGUUGCGGCGCUACUUAGGCUCCACCGCAAGUCCAAGUCCCUCGACACAUAUCUGGACGACCGGCUCGAGCUGAGUACGACGCGCGUAGCAUGGAACGAGAUCACGGACAACGUCGAGCGAGAGGCGAGCACGCGCACCGCCUUUCUGGAGAACCUCGGCGCCCAUGUGAUAGACCCGCUCGCGAACUUCAAGGAGGAGCAAGAUCGCAUCCGCAAACGGGUCAAGGAAGACUUGAAAGACGCGAUAACGGCGCACGCCGAGUAUGCGGACAAUGUCCUUCCAAGGCUCAAGCGAGCAUAUCUCAAGAAGUGCCAAGAGGCUGAAGAGUACAGAGUCGCAGCGGCCGCGCCGCUCUCCCCCACCUCGCCCCCCGAUACCCACUUUAAUCUACCACCUCUCUCGAAGCCUCAAUCGCAAGGCGCCAAUGGAACACGGCCAGUGGUCACCGCCCCGCAGCCGCUACGACCCCUUGACCGCCGCCCUUCGUCAAGCGCGCACGCCUCGAGGAAUCGAUCGCCUUCGGCAUCGACAUCUACCGCGCUGCAGGACCUUGCACACCAAGGCAAGAAACAACUCAACCAACUUAUGACCUUUUUGGAUAAGGGGGGUAAUGUCAAAGAUGGUGGGCGUUCGGAGAACGCUCUGAGAUCCGUUCGUGCGAAACGGGAGGCAGACGAAGCGGACAAGGAAUAUAGGAAAGGUGUCCAUUGGCUCGAGACCCUCCGUAUUCGGAGAGUGAAGAUCAUCGAGUCGGGGUUCAAGUCGCUGGAAUCGUUCGUUCGUGAUUCUGCGGCUACAGUCAAGAAGGUGCUUGAAGUUUACACGGACAAUUUGACUGCGGCUUCUGCCACCCAGAACCAACUAUGCGAACAUGGGCGGCGCAUGGUGGAGAAGAUUGCACCCGAACGAGACAGCACGGCGAUCGCAGCGGCGAUACCUCGCUUGCUCUCGGCGGCGGUGCCUAAGCCUGUCUUCUACUACAACUACAACGUGGGCGAAUGCAGGGAUCUCAUCUUCGGUGUCAGCCUUGUGGACUAUGCGACGGCGAGGGGGCUGCCAGAGGGCGAAGUUCCCAAGAUUAUCCGGAUAUGCAUACAGGAUAUCGAGCAGCGAGGACUAGAUGCUGAGGGGAUUUACCGGGUUUCGGGCAGACACGCAGCAGUUCAGGAGCUGCAACAUAAGAUCGAGCGCAACGAGGUGGCAUUCCAGUUCAACGCAACGACAGACGACGUGUAUUCGGUGGCCUCGUUCCUAAAGAUGUAUCUUCGGGAACUUCCUGAACCCGUAUUCAAGUUCCCAUUACAGGAGCGCAUCCUACACACGGAAGGAUUUGACGAGCACGCUGCAAACAACUUUUCGGUCCUGCGGUCGAAGAUGCGGCGACUACCCGCUAUCCACCAGGCGACACUCAAGGCCCUUGUAGAGCACCUCGCCAAGGUGGCGUCAAACGCAGAGAAGAACAAGAUGGAUCCGCGGAAUCUUGCGAUCGUGUUCGGGUCCGUGAUAUUCGGAGAAGACGAGAUGCCGAAGGGGGCGGACUUGCUCAGUGUCCAGUCUUGGAAGGAUUCCCUGAUGGAGGACUUGAUCAACAACGCCCAUAUCCUGUUCUCGCAGGCGGGAUCACCCCCAUUACCACCGGCGCCGCUGCAUGAAGGGCCUCCUCCCAGCGCGUCGUACGGUUCGACCCACACCAGGGUCUCAAACAUGCCUCCACCGCCCUUACCAGCAUCACCGCGCAAGCGUCCGAUAUCGAUGCAAUCCCCCCGAUCUUCUGCCGACGGCACUCGCCCCAUUCCGCAAGACUUUACGCCGCAGCUUCCACCGCGGCCUGCGAACAGCAUACAUCCGUCGCUGCGAGCCGGCCAAUUCUCAGGGUCACCGGCGCGGCAAGCUCCCUCUAUCCGUGCUGGCCAGUGGUUCGAUGACCAGGUGCGGGUACCCGCUCCAGUGAGCACGGCGCCUUCGCAGGAUGGCGCUCCAAGUGUCCCUUCGCCCCCCUCCACGCUCGCUCCGCCAAUAUCGGAAGUGCCCUCGGUUUCUACCUCGUCGACGUAUGCGAAUACGCUCGAGUCGCACUCGCGUGAGCCGUCGUCGAAGCGCUCUUCGCCACAGCUCGAGCCCCAAGACAAGCCGGUGGACGGAGGCCCUGUCGAUCUGUUCUCCCCACCGCGGCCCUCGUCGGCGGCCCCGUCGGCGCACACGCACGAAACGUCGCUGUCGUCGACCGCAUCUGCUGCGGCCUUUGCGUCCGCGACACCCUCUCCGAGUUCGUCGGCACACUCGAGUCACAGCUCGAGUCCGAGCAAGAAAUCAAAUGGGCAUGGGCGGCGCGCAUCGGACUGAAGAGACUAUUCUCCGGUUGCGGCGUUCGAACUUUGGAGCAGACUGGGUUUCGGUCAUGAACGUACGAGCGUUGACGCAUGAUACGAACGCACAAUGUAAUGAUACGACAUGAGACGUUGCUAGGCAAGUGUGUAAUCGUUCGGGCUGGUUGUUUGGCUGGCAGUAGUUGGUGGACGAGCCGCGGGACUGUAGCGUUGACCUAUGUUUCCCUCUCCUUUUCUUCGUUUCUGGCGCCGUUUGGACGCGGUUCGCGGUUGGUACUACUAUACCAUGUACUGUCUUGAUUUACCUGUUUAUUCUACGGCAUGUUGUAUGACUUCCCCACUGACUACUUAUUACGUACUACUACAUAUGGGC